ACUUUAUAGCCGAAUGAGAAUGGCAGCAAAACGUUGAACAAAAAACCCUGCUUCUCAAGUGUGAUCAAAAUCCUCUCCGUGGCGGAGGAGACGGUGGAAACACUCUGCACUCCGCAAAUUCGCCGCCGCCGCCGCCGCCGCUUCUAUCGCUCUCCUAUUUGCAAUUACUUCCUUACUUGCUUUUCCCAGUGCAGUGGCUAGUUUUCUCAUGGAGAGAUCUGAUGAUGAAAAGGAUGGAAUCUAUGGAAAUUUUAUGCCCAAAGAACUGGGCCAUAAUCUUGCAUUGAAUGGUAUGAAGUUUGUAGAUGAAGUCCUUAAUGGACAGAGUGAGCGGUGUUUGGAAAAUUUUCGCAUGGAUAAGCCAGUGUUUUACAAAUUAUGUGAUAUUCUACAAGGCAAAGGCUUACUUCGGCAUACAAAUCGUAUCAAGAUUGAGGAGCAAUUGGCCAUUUUUUUGUUCAUAAUUGGCCAUAAUCUACGGACUCGGGCUGUGCAGGAGUUAUUCAGAUACUCUGGUGAAACCAUCAGUCGCCAUUUUAAUAAUGUUCUGAAUGCAAUUAUGGCAAUUUCAUUAGAAUUCUUUCAGCCCCCAGGAUCUGAUGUUCCACCAGAAAUCUCGCAGGAUCCUCGAUUUUAUCCAUAUUUUAAGGAUUGUGUGGGAGCCGUUGAUGGCAUAUAUGUUCCAGUGAUGGUUGGUGUAGAUGAGCAAGGACCUUUCCGAAAUAAGAAUGGAUUACUUUCUCAGAAUGUUCUGGCAGCUUGUUCAUUUGAUCUUAAAUUCCAUUAUGUUCUAGCUGGCUGGGAGGGUUCAGCAUCAGAUUUGAGAGUUCUAAAUUCAGCACUUACCAGACGUAACAAGCUGCAAGUCCCUGAAGGAAGAUACUACCUUGUGGAUAAUAAGUAUUCAAAUAUGUCAGGCUUCAUUGCCCCGUAUCUUGGUGUCCCCUAUAAUUCGGAUGAAUUUCCCAGUGGUUAUCAUCUUCAAGAUGCCAAGGAGCUAUUUAAUCAACGACACUUCUUGCUGCGAAAUACUACUGAUCGUACUUUUGGGGCCUUAAAGGAAAGGUUCCCUAUUCUGAUGUCAGCCCCUCCUUACCCAUUGCAAACACAGGUGAAAUUGGUAGUAGCAGCAUGUGCAUUGCAUAACUACAUCCGUAGGGAGAAACCUGAUGAUAUGCUUUUUAAAAUGUACGAACCGAAGACUGCCUUACAGAUAAAGGAAUCAUUGGCUCCACUAGAGGUGGAACAAGCAAUGAUACAAGUCGAUACCUAUGAUCUGGAAGUUGCAUUUGGAGCAGAACAUCCAGAACAUAGUUUACAGUUAAGGGAUUCAAUUGCAACCGAAAUGUGGGAAGACUAUAUUCGUGAUUUAGCAGCCAUGUAGAUCGAUAUGUUCAUUGUGGCCUUAGAGUUAGGUUAGACCUGAUACAUUUUCGUCAACAAUGACUAUAUAGAAUGACUUUCUCCCUUUUGGAUGUACAUUGGCUCUUGGUUUAUACAAAAGAAAGAAUUCAUAAUAUCUUCUUCCAUGAUGUCUCCGGUCGUUAAUGCCUACA